CAGGUGAUGAACUGGAGGAGGGGAGCCGAGCUGGAGUUCCUACAGGCACACGGUCUGAGAAGAGAGCCCCCGGCCCUUUGGAGAUCUGAGCCAUGGAUUUCCCCCAGCACAGCCAGCGUGUCUUGGAGCAGCUGAACCAGCAGCGGCAGCUGGGCCUCCUCUGUGACUGUACCUUUGUGGUGGACGGUGUUGACUUCAAGGCUCACAAGGCCGUGCUGGCGGCUUGCAGCGAGUACUUCAAGAUGCUCUUUGUGGACCAGAAGGAUGUGGUGCAUCUGGACAUCAGUAACGCGGCAGGCCUGGGGCAGGUACUGGAGUUCAUGUACACUGCUAAGCUGAACCUUAGCCCUGAGAACGUGGAUGAUGUUCUGGCCGUGGCCAGCUUCCUCCAGAUGCAGGAUAUUAUCACGGCCUGCCAAACACUCAAGUCCUUCGCUGAGCCGAGCAGCACCGCUGGGGAGAGUGCAGACACCUCAGCUGUGGAAGGAGGAGACAAGAGAGCCAAAGAAGAGAAGGCUGCCGCCACCAUGCUGAGCAGGUUGGACCAAGCAAGAAGCAGUUCAUCCACAGGCCCAGGCAGAGAGCUCAAAGAGGAGCGGGGAGGCCAGGCAGAGAGCGCAUCCAGUGGGUUUGUUCCAGCCAUGGAAGAGACCUAUUUGGCCUCUGGACAGAGUACCAAUCCAGCCUCCCAUCCUUCCUCAGGCGCAGAACAGACAGAGAAGGCAGAUGCUCCCAGGGAGCCUCCACCUGUGGAGCUCAAGCCGGACCCCACGAGCGACAUGGCUGCUGCAGAAGCGGAGGCCUUGUCAGAGAGCUCAGAGCAAGAAAUGGAAGUGGAGCCAGCCAGCAAAGGAGAAGAGGGGCAAGAGGAAGAGGGCACGGGGCCUGCCACAGUCAAGGAAGAGGGGGUCCAUCUGGAGAAUGGGGAGCCUCCUGAGGAGAAUGAAGAGUCUGCGGGCACAGACUCUGGGCAGGAGCUUGGCAUGGAGGGCCAGAACCUGCGCUCGGGCACCUACGGGGAUCGCACUGAGACCAAGGCUUAUGGCUCCAUCAUCCACAAGUGCGAGGACUGCGGGAAGGAGUUCACGCACACAGGGAACUUCAAACGGCACAUUCGCAUCCACACGGGCGAGAAGCCGUUCUCAUGUCGCGAGUGCAGCAAGGCUUUCUCAGACCCCGCAGCGUGCAAGGCUCACGAGAAGACACACAGCCCGUUGAAACCCUAUGGGUGUGAGGAGUGCGGCAAGAGCUACAGACUCAUCAGCCUGCUGAACCUGCACAAGAAGAGGCACUCGGGGGAGGCCCGCUACCGCUGUGGGGACUGCGGCAAGCUCUUCACUACUUCAGGCAACCUCAAGCGCCACCAGCUGGUACACAGUGGUCAGAAACCCUACCAAUGCGACUACUGUGGCCGCUCCUUCUCCGACCCCACCUCCAAGAUGCGCCAUCUGGAGACUCAUGACACGGACAAGGAGCACAAGUGUCCUCACUGCGACAAGAAGUUCAACCAGGUGGGGAACCUGAAGGCCCACUUGAAGAUCCACAUUGCUGACGGCCCUCUCAAGUGCCGGGAGUGCGGAAAGCAAUUCACCACCUCAGGGAACCUCAAGCGGCACCUGCGGAUCCACAGUGGGGAGAAGCCGUAUGUAUGUACCCACUGCCAGCGGCAGUUUGCCGACCCGGGCGCGCUGCAGCGGCACGUACGGAUCCACACGGGUGAGAAGCCGUGCCAGUGUGUGAUCUGUGGCAAGGCCUUCACCCAGGCCAGCUCCCUCAUUGCCCACGUACGCCAACACACGGGGGAGAAGCCCUAUGUCUGUGAACGCUGUGGCAAGAGAUUUGUCCAGUCCAGCCAGUUGGCUAAUCACAUUCGUCACCAUGACAACAUCCGACCACACAAGUGCAGCGUUUGUAGCAAGGCCUUCGUGAACGUGGGGGACCUGUCCAAGCACAUCAUCAUCCACACCGGAGAGAAGCCUUAUCUGUGUGACAAGUGUGGGCGUGGUUUCAACCGGGUAGACAACCUGCGUUCUCAUGUAAAGACUGUGCAUCAGGGCAAGGCGGGCAUCAAGAUCCUGGAGCCAGAAGAGGGUGGUGAGGUCAGCGUGGUCACUGUGGACGACAUGGUCACACUGGCCACUGAGGCACUGGCAGCGACAGCGGUCACUCAGCUCACAGUGGUACCAGUGGGGGCCGCAGUGACAGCUGAUGAGACAGAAGUCCUCAAAGCCGAGAUCAGCAAAGCUGUCAAGCAAGUGCAGGAAGAAGACCCCAACACACACAUCCUCUACGCUUGUGAUUCCUGUGGGGACAAGUUCCUGGAUGCCAAUAGCCUGGCCCAGCAUGUUCGGAUCCACACAGCCCAGGCACUGGUCAUGUUCCAGACAGACGCGGACUUCUACCAGCAGUAUGGGCCAGGCAGCACGUGGCCAGCUGGGCAGAUGUUGCAGGCUGGAGAGCUGGUCUUCCGUCCUAGGGAUGGGACCGAGGGCCAGCCCACACUGGCAGAAACUCCACCCACAGCUCCGGAUUGCCUCCCACCUGCCGAGUGAGCAGGCGGCCUCUGACUGUUUAUUUAAGGAUGGAUGGCACCCUAGGACUCAGAAGGUGCUCCUGCCCCAUUCCCUAGAGAGAAUAAAUUUGAUUAUUUUCUAA